AACCAUCACUGCAGGCAGCACCACGGCCAUCACUGCAGGCAGCACCAGAGCCAUCACUGCAGGCAGCACCAGAACCAUCACUGCAGGCAGCACCAGAACCAUCACUGCAGGCAGCACUGAGGCCAUCACUGCAGGCAACACCAUGGCUGUUGCACCCACAGCCCCAGUGAGCCCGGCCAAGGAGGUGGGAGGUCUCCCGGCCCCAGGCACUGCAGCACCAAGACCACCAGCCACCACCAGUCCUGUCACCACCCCAGCUCCUGCAUUUGGGACACAGAGGGGACCAGCCACAGCAGCAAGGACAUCUGUCCACACCACUGCUGGCCACAGAAAUCCUGCCCCUGAGCCACAACCCACCCAUAGGCCUAUCAUGCCGGCGGCCUCGCUCUACCCUUUCAGCACGGAGGGAGGAGACCAAGAGUGCAUACAGAGGAUGGUGGAUUUUAACUCCCCCCUGUUCAAGCCAGAGAUCGGGUUCCCCUUCGGGAAGUCACUGCGGGAUGUUCUCUACUUUACAGAUAAUGGACAGAUCAUUUUCCCACCCACGGACAACUAUGUCCCCUCCAACCCCAACCCGCCUCCCACAGGCUUCAGUGGCUGGGAGGGUCUGCCGAUGGUGGCCGCCUUUUGGGACGACGCAGAUUUCUCCCAGGGCAUAGGCACCACUUGGUACCAGGAGUACUCUACCCUCAGCUCUACCCGAGACCCCCUUGUCCGUGAUGUGGAAGCAAAGAUUGAGAAAUACCUGAAAACACCCUAUGUAGCAAAAUGGACCUUGAAGGUGACGUGGGAGAAGGCUCCAGCGUACCCAUCCCGGCGGGAUGACACUCAGACGAGCACCUACCAGGCGGUCCUCACCACCGAUGGCAACCUCUCCUUCGCCCUGCUGCUCUACCAGGAUGGAGGGAUGCGGUGGGACUACACCAAGCUGGCUGCAGGCAACGUGCUGAUCGGCUUCUCCAGCGGCGAUGGCUAUGCCCAAAAUAAUGAGCUGACUCAAAAGCCACUGGCUGUCAAGUACCGACCUGACGAGCACAGCAGCGCUGGCACCGAUGUGCGCGGACUGUGGAUAUACAGGCUGGACAGUCGCUCCCGGGUGAACUACAGGCUGCGGUGCCUGGUGUGGCUGGAUGCACAGCCUGCGCCCGCUGCCUGGAACAGCAAGCUGCUGCCAUGCCCCUGCUCCCGGCCCCAGGCAGAGCUGGACCCCCGCUAUCUCUGGAGCAGAGGCCCGGCAGAUGCCUCUGUGAGGAUGCUGCGCACUGCGGCCCCCAGCCUGGCUGGAGCUGGGGUGCGGUGUCUGUACCAAGAUGGGAGCUUGCUCGAAGGCUGGCAGGAGAGAGCCUGGAGCCUCCCCAUCCACCCCGGGGCUGACAGGGAGCUGGAGGCAUUCGACUGGUGCUGCCGGCAUGUGGGGAAGCCCCUGUUCUGUGCCAGGUUUGCUGAGAAGAGACCGAGGGUCGGCUGCGAGGGAUAUGUGCCACCCACCCCCGCUGGUGCCUUUGGGGACCCCCACAUCACCACCCUGGAUGGACUCACCUACACCUUCAAUGGGCUUGGGGACUUUGUCCUGCUGCUGGCCAGCGAUGCCUGGACCAGCUUUGUGCUACAUGGGCGCACAGCCCGGACCAACAUGGCCCAGGCCACCAACUUUGUGGCCUUCGCUGCCCAGUACAUCUCUGCCACCAUCACAACAGUUGAGUGGACCUUGGGAAGCCAGGGUGACAUCCAAGUCCUCCUGAACAACAAAACGAUCCAGUUUUCCUAUUCCCAAGACAUGGGUGCCGCAGUAUACUACAGCCCCGGUGUUCUGCUGGUCAAUGCCUCCUCCAUCACGGCCAUCUUUGACGGGGCCAUCGCUGUCUCCAUCUCAGCUGCCUCUGGGAUCCUCAGUGUGGUCUGCAGCCUGCCCGAUCAGUACUGCAACAACACCAAGGGCCUCCUGGGUGUGUGGGACCACGACCCUGCAGAUGACUUCCAGAUGCCGAAUGGUACCAGCAUCUCUGUGAACAGCAGCGAGAAGGAGAUCUACAGCUAUGGGAUGACCUGGGCUGUUGGAGAGCACAGGCUGUUUGCUCAGCCUCUGGACUCAUUGGUAAUGAACUUCACGCCCACCUUCUUGUCUCAGCUGUGGCAGGAGAACAAAAGCCAGUACCAGCUGGCAGCCUCGCAGUGCCACGGCAGCAAGGAGUGCAUCUAUGAUGUGCUGAGCACAGGGGACGUGGCCUUGGGCCUGGCCACCCAGAGCCUUGCAGCUGACUUUCAGCAGAAGAAGGCAGUACUCAACGCCUUCCCUCCCGUCAUCACUGGUGACGCAUCACUCAUGGCCUUCAGGACAGAAAGGGUCAUGAGGCAGUACCGUGCUGUGGGGGAGGGCGCGCGCUUCGUCCCCCACCUCUCGCCAGAGCUCAACAUAUCAGAGAGCGGCACCCUGACGUGGGAGCCCCGCGGGACGGCCCCGUUCACCGUCAGCCUGGAGGCUGUCGGGUCCAACAACCUCUCCGCCCUCCUCCAGCUCCGCUUCACCCUCUGCAGCUGCAGCAGGAGCCAGGAGUGCGACUACAGCAACACUGUCACCCUGGGGCAGUCCUCCCUGCAGCUGGCAGCCUGCAGGUGUGAGGGCGGCUACUCGGGUCCCUUCUGCCAGGACCCUCCAGACCCCUGUGCCCAGGGAUGCUUCCCCGGCGUGGGCUGCGACUCUCACACCGGCUGCGGCCCCUGCCCGGCCGGCCUGACCGGUGACGGGUGGCACUGCUCAGAUGUGGACGAGUGCGCACAGGGGAUGGUGUGCCCGGGUAACGCCACCUGCACCAACACAGUGGGCAGCUACGCCUGCUCCUGCACAGCUGGCGAGGAGGAUAAGGGGCCAGGCUGUGGCUCAGCCUGCGACUCCCGCUCCUGCCCCGAGGGCUACUGCAGCAACGGGGGACACUGCCACCGGCACCCCACCACCUGCACCCCCAUCUGCGCCUGCCCCCCGGCUUUCAUCGACCAGCACUGCCUGGUGGCAGGGGGGGAUUUUCAACCACUGCCCAGCACAGCAGAUCUUCCCCGGAGAAGUGUCCAGCUGCGGGUCAGAACACUGCAAAAUGCCACUGCCGGGGAAGUCAACGGCACUGUUUCAGCCAUCCUGGGCUCCCUGGAGGUAAAGACUUUCCAGAGCAACACCAACAUCACCCAGACGACAGACAACAAUGGCUUCACCUUCACGGUGGUGUCCGAGUUUGCCUAUGACAACCGUGGCACCGUCAUCCGGUUCCUGAACGAGGAGCUGCCGAGGGCCAUCACCAGUGCCUUCAACGGGCAACGAGGAUGGCGGGAGGUGGGCACACACCUCCUCUUCCAGCACCUGCACCGGGACAACAUCACUGACCUGGUGAAGCUGUCAGUGGCUGAGCUGAGGCGCUAUUUCCCCUGUGGUCUGUACGGCUACAAAGGCUACCGGCUCCACUACGUGGGGACCAUUGGCUUCAUCUGCAUCUCGCCUUGCAAGAUGGGCUACUGCCAGCAUGGCGGCCGGUGCCAGCACCUGCUUGAGGGGCCCACGUGCAGCUGCCUCCCCUUCUCCAUCUUCUCCCCUGCCGGUACCCAGUGCGAGCAACUGGCCAUCAGCCUCGCCGCCUUCCUCGGCAUCUUGCUGGGAGCCCUGGCUCUGCUCUGCCUCCUGCUCACCAUCGCCUGCCUGGCCUUGCACCUCUGCCGCCGGCACUGCCACCAGCACCAGGGAGUCAAGGAGACCUUCUGGAGGCCACGACCUUUCCCCUCCCUGAUGACAGCAGGAGAGCGGGCAGAGACCUCCUGCUCCCACUCCCCGGAAAGGCAUUGGGAACUACAGCUGCAGGCCAUCGACCCCUCAGUCCAGAUAAAGAUCCAGAGACCCCACGUCAGGCCCCCGAGCCACCCCUCUCAGCAGCCCUAGCCUGCCACUGGUCCUGCCCCGGCGCCUCCGGGCUCACAGAGGAGCCAGACGCUGCUGCCAGCUCCGCUGCCGGCUCUCAGGGUCUCUGGCAACAGUGCCUGUGUGGAGGCAGGGGAUGGGCAGCUGCCUUUUGGGGUCUGAUCUUUGUGGGAGGAUUCAUUCUGGAGGAGGUGCUUUUUUUGAAUGAAAAAGGUGGGUUUAUGUUGGGUGGCCAAAGCAAGAGGAUUUCACCUUCCCCUGAGGACCUGCAGAGGCAACCAGGAUAGUACUGGAGUGUGUCUGCACCAGGGUAUGCUAGGUGUGGCAACACAAUGAUUAUAACCCAUUAGGAACAAAAUAGAAUAAACCAAAAAUUAUG